AUGAAUGACAAUGUGAUUGAAUCAGAUGAAGAUUCUUUCAAUAGUUCUGAUUCAGCUUACGAUAGCUCAAGUGAUGACGAAGAAACGAAAUCAAAAUCGUCAGAUGAGCAAGAUCCUCAAGACGACGAAGAAGAGGAAUGGACAGGUUGUCAAUUUGGAGUAAAUGAUGAAGAUGAAGAGUCAUUGGAUGAAGAAAUGAAAGAGUCUGACUUAAAUGAAGGUAGGUCGGAACGAGUCAAAGGUAGUUUUCGAGAUUGGGCAAAUGCACAAUUACUCCAAGUCGAUGAUCAUCAAUCCGAGGAACCCACGCUAAAUCAAGACGACGAGCCUCCGCCUACUCUCAUAUCUACACAACCCAACCCUCGACCUAAACACUCCGAUACUAAAUGUGGACCACUAGGUGCUCCACUCGAUCUCCCUGAAACCGAUCUUUUCCUUCACCAAAAGACCAUCAACGUACCACUCACAAGAUCAGAAGAAAUCAAAGCAUCCAGAUCUCUACUUCCCAUCUUUGCAGAAGAACAUACGGUGAUGGAUGCGAUCAGACGACAUCCGGUAGUAGUGAUUUGUGGAGAAACAGGUAGUGGAAAAACGACUCAAUUACCACAAUUUCUUUAUGAAGCAGGAUGGGGUAAGGAAGAUGGCGAUAAUCCUGGGAUGAUAGGGAUUACCCAACCUCGUAGGGUUGCAGCUGUUAGUAUGGCUAGCAGAGUUGAAAAUGAAAUGGGAUUAAAAGGAAAAGGUGUGGUAGCUUUUCAAAUUCGAUAUGAGGCUACUACUGAAAAACAAACUAGAUUGAAGUUUAUGACGGAUGGUGUAUUACUUAGAGAACUAGCUGCUGAUUUUCUUUUAACUAAAUAUAGUGUGAUUAUUGUGGAUGAAGCUCAUGAAAGGAGUGUGAAUACUGAUGUCCUCAUUGGGGUUUUGAGUCGAAUCGUUCGACUACGUCUGAAAAUGUGGCGUGAACAAUUGAACAAACCGAAGGAAAAUACUCAAACUAAUCAAGUGACUCCUUUACGAUUGAUCAUCAUGUCGGCCACUUUAAGAGUGACCGAUUUCACCCUCAACACUACACUUUUUUCAGAACCUCCACCUGUAAUCACGAUUGCAGCAAGACAAUUUCCCGUCUCUGUACAUUUCAAUCGGAAAACUAAUGGAGAUUAUAUAACAGAAGCGUAUAAGAAAGCAAGUAAAGUUCAUACUAGAUUACCACCUGGUGGGAUUUUAAUUUUCUUAACUGGUCAAUUAGAAAUCAUGAACCUUUGUAAAAAGCUUUCAACAAAGUAUGGAAAAAAAGCCAUUGAAGAAAGAAAAAAACGCAAUGAUGAAACAAUCAUCAAGGAAUCUGAGUUGAAUACGGAUACGGUCGAAGUUGAAGAUAUUCAACUUGGGAAAGAUACUCAUGAUUUGGCUGCGGAUGUGGAUGAAGGUCAUGAAGCAGAAGACGAUCCAGAGGCACUUGAUACUGAGGAUGAAGACGAUAUGGACGAGAAUGGUCUUGAUUUGAUGGAAGAUAGUGAUGUACCGAUGUAUAUCUUACCUCUCUAUUCACUUCUUCCUACUGAAGAACAAAUGAAGGUUUUUGAAGAUCCACCAGAAGAUUCCCGAUUAGUUGUGAUAGCCACCAAUGUAGCUGAAACCUCAUUAACGAUCCCAAAUAUUAGAUAUGUAAUCGAUAGUGGAAGAGCCAAAGAACGACAUUAUGAUUUGAGUAGUGGAAUUCAAUCUUUUGAAAUCGAUUGGAUUUCCAAAGCAUCAGCAUCACAAAGAUCAGGUCGAGCAGGUAGAACAGGACCAGGACAUUGUUAUCGACUUUAUUCUUCGGCAGUAUUCGAAAAUUAUUUUCAAGAUUAUUCUAAACCGGAGAUUCAAAGAAUGCCAAUCGAUGGAAUCGUUUUACAAAUGAAAUCGAUGAAUAUUGAUACAGUGACGAAUUUUCCAUUUCCUACUCCACCUGAUCGAUAUUCAUUAAGGAAAGCUGAAGUCGGAUUGGCUCAUUUAGGUGCACUUACUUUUCAAAAAGGGUUUGAUCAUUGGUGUUUAGAUGGAGAAAAAGUCAUGGAAGCUAGGAUCACUGAGUUAGGUAGGGUCAUGGCACAGUACCCUCUUACACCUAGGUUUGCUAGGAUGUUAGUUUCAGGAUCUCAACAUGGUUGUUUACCAUAUGUGAUAGCUUUAGUAUCGAUUCUUUCUGUUGGAGAUCCGUUCUUACAUGAAGAUGUGAUUACGAGUGAAGAUGGUGGAUCAGAUGAUGAACAAUUAGGAGCCGAGAUUCAUGAAAUGACCAAUGAAGAAUUAAAAUUAAAAGAAAUUCGAAAAUCUAAACGUAAACGGUUUUAUCAAGUUCAACAACAAUAUUCCAGAUUAGGAGAAGGGAUGAGUGAUUUAUUUAAAAGUUUAUCUGUUGUUGGAGCAUAUGAAUUUAAUCGAUCAGGAUCAAGUAAGUUUUGUGAAGACAACUUUUUACGAUUAAAAGCUAUGGAAGAGAUUCAUAAAUUAAGAAAACAGAUUACUAAGAUUGUACAAAAAAAUCAAGUUGGUGAAGGAUUGAUUGAAUUCUUAUCUGAUUUAAGACCUCCUAAUGAAUUACAAUUGAAAGUUUUAAGACAAUUGAUUACAGCUUCGUUUAUUGAUCAAGUAGCUAUCAAAACUAGUCUUUUACCUAAUUCAUCCACUUUCAAUAAAACUCAUCAAAACAAAAAUCAUUUGAUUGCUUAUAGAACCAUAGGAAUUAAAGAAGAUGUCUUUAUUCAUCCUUCGUCAAUCUUGUUUACUUCUUCUUCGAUUAAUUCACCGGAAUUUAUAGUUUUUCAAGAAUUAAUUAAAACUAAGAAUCGGAUUUGGAUUAAAGGCAUCACUAAAGUGAAUCAAGCUUGGUUACCGGUGAUUGGAAAAUCACUUUGUACAUUUAAAACAUUAGAAGGAAUUAAACCUUUGCAAAGAAUUCAGGAAGAUCAAAAAGAAGAUGAAACUCAAAGAGUUUGUUUUGUUCAACCUAGGUUUGGUGGACCUGGAUUAGAUUUCGAGUUGAGUCCUAUUGAAGUUUUUCAAAAGAAAGUAGGAAAUCGAUGGGUAUUUGUUUAA